GUCACGGUGGUUCCUCCUGGACUUCGGGCAGAGAUUGUAAGCCUGGGAAGCGACGGGCUGCUGACGGUCCUGUUUCACGCAGCCGUGUCUCGCCGCAAAAAAGGGCAGCUCCUCUCCCCAGCGGGAGAGCUGGGAUGGCGGUGCAGGUGACGGUUCUGCCUUCCUCCAGGUGUCUGUUCGAUGACCCCGUGCAGAUCUGCGUGGCGGGUCUCCUGCCGCAGCAGGUGGUCACCCUCCGAGCCAGCCUGGUGGAUGAGAGCGGGGAGCUUUUCCAAGCCCACGCUCGCUACAGGGCUGGGAGCAGCGGAGAGCUCGACCUCAGCCGCUCCCCAGCGCUGGGGGGCAGCUAUUCGGGAGUGGAGCCGAUGGGGCUGCUGUGGUCUCUGCAGUCUAAAGCGCCCUAUAAGCGGCUGGCAAAGAGGAACGUCCUGACCCCUUUCUGUGUGGACUUUGAAGUGUAUGAGGGCCACGGGGACAUGAGCCGCUUGCUGGGAAAAUGCGCCAAUGAACGAUGGUUUAUAGGAGAGGGGGUGAAGAGGAUUUCGGUCAGAGAAGGUCGUCUGAAAGCAACCCUCUUCCUCCCUCCUGGAUCUGGUCCAUUCCCUGGACUUAUCGAUUUGUAUGGAUCUGGAGGAGGUCUUGUUGAAUACAGAGCAAGUCUUCUGGCUAGCAGAGGCUUCAUGACUUUGGCUCUUGCUUACAUGGCCUUUGAAGAUCUCCCUGCUAUGCCAGAGAUUCUUGAACUGAGCUACUUUGAGGAAGCUGUAAACUUUUUGCGGAAGCAACCGCAGGUGAAAGAUACUGGGAUUGGCGUUUUGGGCUUGUCUAAAGGAGCUGAUCUAGCCCUUUCCAUGGCCACAUUUCUACCUGGCAUCAAGGCUGCUGUCAGCAUAUCUGGAAUUGGUUUUAAUUCUUUCAUUCCCCUGCGGGGGGAUGGCUUCACUCUUCCUCCCCACCCAUAUGAUUUGGGGAGGAUGAAGACCAGUGAUGAGUCUGGCCUGGUAGAUUUUUCAGAUGUCCUAGAUGAUCACAGGGACCCAGCGACUUGGGAUUGUCGCAUUCCAAUGGAGAGGUCCUUGGCCAAGUUCCUCUUCCUGUCGGGACUGGAUGACAUGAACUGGAAAAGUGACCUCUAUUGCCGGGAUGCUGUUCAACGCCUUCAGCAGUAUGGACGGGAAGUGGAGUUUUGCUCCUAUUCUGGAGCAGGACACCUCUUGGAGCCACCAUACUUACCUCUGUGCCAGGCUUCAAUCCACAAAGUGCUUGGGAUAUUUGUGCACUGGGGAGGGCAAAGGAGGGAGCAUGCCAAAGCCCAGGAAGAUGCAUGGCGCAGGAUACAGGCUUUUUUCUGGCAACACUUGAUGUACUCAGACAUCCCUAAGAGCAAGCUGUAGUGGAAGCUGUCAAAGAUGCUGACCAGGGUUGGUGUUUCAGCUCUCGCUGAAUCUUGGAAACUCAUUGAAAGUUUCCUGGCCUUCCGUCCUCUAAACCCCGCUGUUGCAUAGUUGUUUAUUUUCAUUCCCCAAAUAAUUUUCCAUUUUUUAGUUGAAUUUUAGUUGUCUUCUGAUCCCAGCUGCACUGUAGUCACCAUCUGAUCUGCCUGUGUGCUGUAGUCAUCUGAGAAAAACCCAGCAUCCCGUCAUGUGGAUUGCAUUUGUACUGAGCUAUCUUUGCCCUCAAUAUCCAGCCAUCUCCUUUGGUAGCACGGAAUACUCUCAUAGGAGGAGUUUUCCAUUGAAUUGUUUAGUCUUGCACCUUUAACUAACCUAGAUGUAAACAGCACUUUCUUGGGGCAACACAUUAGUACACUCACCUUUCCUCUUGCUAUAUCAUUUUCUCACAUUUCUUAGUAAAAAGGUUGUGGCAGUUCUCAUCUCAACUAAAAGGCACUCUUCUGAC